UAAUCGGAAUCAGAAUCAGAAGCAGGAUGUUUAAGUGGCAAAACCAUUACUGAGAAGAAUCAUAACUGAGUGGGGUUAUUUAGGUGUGGUGGUAGGUAGGGGUCGUUCUGAUCCACACUCUGGUCUGGAAAGUGACGGUAAUGUACCUAAAGCUGGUUGCCAACCGCCAUUAAAGAACAGCUGAAAAAGAAGAAGAAGAAGAAGACGGAGAAUCAUGUUUGACAACUUCAGAGAGAGACUUCAUAUGGUUCAGAAGGAUUUCACAGUGGGUUUCAAGACCCUUGGAGACAAAUCAAGAGACACCAAAAUCAGGAGACCUAGGUCUGAAGAAACCCGUCCUCAUUUCAGUGCUGGACUGGAAAUCCUCAGCAGGUAUGAGGAGAAUUGGUUUCUGCUCCAUAAAAGAACUAAAGACUGUGCUCAGGCUGCAGAGACAGUAGAUGGGGACCUAGUGAUGCUCUCAGCACACUGGGAGAGAAGAAGAACGGCUCUCACACAGCUACAUGAGCAGCUGCAAAGUUUGCCGGCCUUUAUUAGUGAACUUGAUGCCAUCACUGCUAAUGUAGCUCAUUUGGAAGGUGACUUUGCAGAGAUGGAGAGCAGACUGAUAUACCUGGAGACUCUGUGUCAUCAGUGUGAACAGCAGACAUUCAAACAACAUCAUAUCAACCAACUGCAAGUUUAUAAGAAAAAGAAGAGGAGGGAGGUGGAAGCGCUGGAAGUGGAACUGAAUUGUGAGCAUGUGCAGAAGGUGGCAGAGCUGGAUCAGGCCAUGCAGGAAAAACUUAGGGAACGACAAAAAGUCUAUGAAGAAGCCUUUAACCAAGACAUGAAGCAAUACCUGUCCACGGGAUACCUACAGCAUAGAGAGCCAAUAGGAGCUGAUAUGUGUGUUCUGGAUCAGAUGACAUUAGCUCAUAUAUCAGACCAGGAGGCUCUGGAUGACUUCCUCAACUCCACUGGCGAUGACAUCAGUAAUGGAUCUUCACUAACCUCAGGUAACUUGAAUUAAGUUACUUUACACCUAAAGAAAGACAUACAGUAGUUGACCAUCUAUUGUGGGAGGAUCAAUUAGUGCAAUACAAAGAGCAGGUUGAUGCCUCUGCAGUUACUCCUGGGUUGGGAAAAUCACAUCUACUGUAUGGUCUCUGGAUAGGAUUGAAAAAUUGACAAUCCAGUUUAAUAUUAAAAUCACCCCAUGUCCCCUGGAGAAAUGAAUAGAUGUAUAGCUGAUCUAUCUCAUGUGA